AUGAUGCAAGAAGUUUUACCACCAGCUAAUGGAAAGAAAUUAUGGAGAGUGAAAAGAAUUAAUUCUGUCUCAACUGAUGCUACAUCUACUACUACUAAUAAUAAUACCCCUGUCGUUGAUAGUUCGGUUGAAUGCUUGAAUAACUCUCUCAGAAUAUCUGCUGCUGGCAACAGAUUAACUACAAAAAGACCACCUUUAAGAAGACCAAAGAAUAAACCAGGUAAGCCAAAGGACUUUGUCUUUGUCGACUUAUCUCCAAUCAAGACUGAUGAAUCUGAAGAUGAUGCUUCUACUGGUUCUCCAAAUAUUGAUAACAUUCAAUUACCAUCACCAAACCAAUCUAUUAUUGAUGAAACUUCAUCUCAAAACUCAUCAAUGUUUGACAUGCCACAAUUAAAUGAUUCAUUCUCAGCUUUAUCUACUUCAUCUGAAGAUAUAUUUUCUAGUUUUGAUAACUCUUCUAUAUUAGGCUCGGGAAUUGAUGGUUAUAUGCAGGUUACCCCACAUUGUCAAACUCAAAGUCAAAACUCAUCACACGGAAACUCCAUGCCUCAAGAUCAAUCACUCUUAGGAUUAGGUAUUAAUAAUACUGGUGUUACUAACUGGGAACAACCUCAAAUGUUUAAACCACAACCACAACAAGUUCCAGUUCCAGUUGCUCCAAAUAUGAUGUUUACUCAACAAAUUUUCACCUAUCAACAAGCUAUGUUACAACAAUAUCAACAAAUACAAUUGUUACAACAACAAUUACAACAAGUUCAUCAAAUGCAACAAGUUCAAGAUGUGCAACAAGUUCAACAACAAGUUCCUCAAAUGCAAAUUCCAAUGCCACAACAACCAAUUCAACAAUCACACACUGUUAGUGCUAUUGAAACUGGUGCUAUCGGUCAUAAGAGAUCAAAAUCUACAGUGGAGACUUCUAUGAAGAAGAGAAAUAGCGGGCAAUUUCAAUUCAAGACUUAUACUGGUCCAAAACAUAGACAUUCAGCUUCUGAAUCUUCUAUUAAGAAACAAAGAAAAUCAAGUAAAUCAUCUCCUAACUCACCAAACCAAAAAAUUGAAGAUCAAAUUAAUUCUUUAAUGAAACCAGUUGGUUUAGAAGAUUUCAUGAUGCUUAGUGAACAACUUGAUAUUCCAUUGGAACAAGGCUCUGCUAAUAGUUCAGUUAACACUACUAAUGAUUCUAGUUAUGAAACUUUUACUCCAAUUUCCGAUUAUUCUGAUGAUGAUCUUUUCUAUAGCAAACCUAAAGCUAUUGAUGCCAAUUUAUUAUCUAAUUGUGGAAUUGAUCAAUUCUUAUUCAACAAGAGUGAAGAUUUUGAAUUAUCAGGAUUUGUCUCUAUGUGA